UUAUGCACAAUGUCGUUACAAAACCUCCUGCAACAGAGCAGCAAUGGCAAUGUGGUGGACUGCAGCACUCGUCCAACGUAUAGCUCUCACUCCACACUCACAGGCAGCCUCCAGAUGGAUGACAAUCGAAGGAUCCAGAUGCUGGCAGACACUGUGGCCACUCUGCCUCGCGGACGAAAGCAGCUUGCUUUGACCAGAUCCAGCUCGUUAGGUGACUUUUCCUGGCCUCAAAGAAAGUUAAUUAUUGUGGAAAAGCAGGAUAAUGGAACAUUUGGAUUUGAAAUUCAGGUGGGUGAUGUCCUUGCAAAUAUCAAUGGUGUGAGCACAGAAGGCUUCUCCCACAAACAAGUGGUUGACCUGAUCAGAUCUUCCGGAAACGUGCUAACGAUCGAGACUCUCAACGGCACAAUGAUCCUCCGAAGAAUGGAACUGGACGCAAAGCUGCAGGGUUUAAAGCAAACUUUGAAGAAAAAAUGGGUGGAGUUCAGAUCUCUGCAGUUACAAGAACAGCGCCUACUUCAUGGUGAUGCUGCUUACUGCCCAACUUUGGAAAAUAUGGACCUAGAUGAAUCAUCUUUGUUUGAAACCUUGCCCGUGUCCGGACCAGUCCUUCUUGACCAAAAUCGACUAUCCAGUGAGAGCAGCUGCAAGAGUUGGAUGAGCUCCCUGACCAUCGACAGCGAGGAUGGGUACCACACGAGUGUGUCUGAGGACUAUAGCAGAGGGGCCUUCAGUCGGCAGACAAGCACAGAUGAUGAGUGUUUUGUCCCCAAGGAUGGAGACGACUUUCUGAGGAGGUCUUCCUGGAGGAGGAACCGUAGCAUCAGCACCGCCAGCAAUGGGUCCAUGUCUUCCUCGUGUGAGGGCAACUUUGCCAGCAUGUUUGGGACCCUUCCCAGGAAGAGCAGAAGGGGAAGUGUCCGCAAGCAACUCUUGAAAUUCAUCCCUGGCCUUCACCGAGCGGUCGAAGAGGAAGAGAGUCGCUUCUGACCCCUUGUGCCCUUGUAUAUUAUUUCAGAAUGAUCUCUGGACUUGUCUAAAUCAAACUCCACCCAGUCAAUGGGGAAAGUACAGAUGACUGAGAAAUUGACACCCCGUUUUACAAUAGUCGUGACUUUUAUUUACACCUCGGUGUCUGUUUUUUGCUUCUGAAAUCAUUCAAACCCAAAUGCUCAAGUUCUAAGCAGACAUUAGAGAGAGAAAUCUUCCAAUAAAUCAGAUAAUAUGCAUUUUAAAAAUCCAAAGUUCUUCCUCAUUAUAAUGUUGCUCAUGAAGGCUAGCAUAUUAUUUUUGGUAUUUCCUUGGAAGAAGGACUGAAAAAAUCUGACCACGUUGAAUAUUUUCCCUGGGUUCAUUGGUCUGUUACCAAAGCUUAGGUUUGUUUUAGAUCCAUAACUUCUUGGGACACUUUGUAAUAUGCAAUUUUGAAAGUUCCCUUAUAUAUCUAAAUCUUUGCAAGGUUGUAAACAAAGGUGCCCAUCAGGCAUUUCCCAUGCCUGCAGUGAGGAUAAUUCCAGUGUGCCCAGGAGGAAAUCUAAUAUGCAGGGGCAGCUCUGAGGCUCAUGAGAACAUGGAAAGUGGUUGUUCCUCUGAGAUAAGAGUUGUGGAAGAUUCCAGCAAUCUCUUUCUCUCUCUCUUUUUAUAGCUGUCCAACCAAGAUUGGUAAGAACCUCAGUUUUCUUACGCAAUUCAUAUUUUGUUCUGCCUGAACAUUAAUGAAAAGCCUGCAAGGACUCUCAGAAUCCUACAGCUUUGAGGUUUGUGUGCAUAUGUGAUACAUUCUGCUAAAGUUUGAAAAAUUAAGAAUUAGGAAAUGAUUUACCUUGUGAAGUUUUUUUUAAUCAACCUUCCCUUUAUAUGAUAUAUUUCAAAGAGUUAUUAUCUCUACUCUCUUUUGCCUAGUAGGUAUACUAAUAUCUCAAUAUAUCUAUAUUUUAAUUUAUAUUUUUAUUCAAUAUCUAUUAAAGCACAUGAUUUUUCUCUUCGGGUGAUGCAGUUCUUGUUAUUUAUACUCUGGAGUAGAUAAUCUAGACUAUACAAUAAAUAAUUCUUUCUUUUUUUUACAAUAAAUAAUUCUUAAUGAUCUUAAA